CCCACCCUGUGUCACAGAUCAAAAAAACUCUCACACUCCUCCUUAACCCUUAUUGACCAUUAUUAUUUCCUAGGGUUUCCACUCUCAGAACCCACACAGUGUGAGCGAGGGACAGAGAGAGCGAUGCCGCGACGUCGAGGAGACGAGGAGGACGAGGACCUGGAGCCCGAGGAGGACCAGGAGCAGGCCUACGAUGAAGAAGAGGAGGAGGAGGAGGAGGAAGAGGAAGAGAGAGGAAUGGCAAGCCGGAAGCGGCGGCGAUCGAACUUCAUCGAUGACUUGGCGGAGGAGGACGACGAGGAGGAGGAAGAGGAGGACGACGACGAUGAUGAUUACGGUGGCGGAGGCGGGGGCAGGAAGCACCGGCCUAAGAGGCGCCUCGGGUCCCAGUUCUUGGAUAUCGAGGCGCAGGUGGACAGUGAUGAGGAUGAGGAAGAGGAGGAUGCUGAGGACGAUUUUAUUGUUGAUGGUGGAGCGGAUCUGCCUGAUGACGAUGUUGGUAGAAGGAUUCAUCGUCGCCCACUGCUGCCGCGAGAGGAUGAACAAGAAGAUGUUGAAGCUCUGGAGAGGAGGAUUCAGGCUAGAUAUUCAAGGAGUGCUCAGCCAGAACUUGAUGACGAGACCACGGAUGUGGAGCAGCAAGCUCUUUUGCCGUCUGUUAGGGAUCCAAAGUUAUGGAUGGUCAAAUGUGCGAUUGGUCGCGAGCGAGAAGCGGUCGUCUGCCUAAUGCAGAAGUAUAUUGAUAAAGGACCUGAGUUACAAAUCAGGUCGGCUGUUGCACUUGAUCAUCUUAAAAACUACAUAUACGUUGAAGCAGACAAAGAAGCCCAUGUGAAGGAGGCUUGCAAAGGACUACGCAGUAUAUUCUCACAGAAAGUAAUGCUUGUCCCUAUUAGAGAAAUGACUGAUGUUCUUUCAGUUGAAAGCAAAGCAAUUGACCUUUCUAGGGACACUUGGGUCAGAAUGAAGAUUGGGACUUAUAAAGGGGACCUUGCAAAGGUGGUGGAUGUAGAUAAUGUGAGGCAGAGGGUUACAGUGAAAUUAAUUCCAAGAAUUGACUUACAGGCUCUUGCAAACAAAUUGGAGGGUAGAGAAGUUGUGAAGAAGAAAGCAUUUGUUCCUCCUCCACGUUUUAUGAAUGUUGAUGAAGCUAGAGAACUGCACAUUCGUGUAGAGCGCAGACGAGAUCCAAUGACCGGCGAUUACUUUGAGAAUAUUGGUGGCAUGUUGUUUAAAGAUGGUUUCUUGUACAAAACAGUAUCAAUGAAAUCAAUUAGCUCUCAGAAUAUAAAACCUACUUUUGAUGAACUUGAAAAAUUUCGGCAACCUGGUGAGAAUGGAGAUAGCGAUAUGGCCAGUUUGUCUACAUUAUUUGCGAAUAGAAAGAAAGGGCAUUUUUUGAAGGGCGAUGCAGUAAUUGUUGUGAAGGGAGACCUCAAAAACUUGAAAGGAUGGGUUGAGAAAGUUGAGGAAGAGAAUGUUCACAUCAGACCAGAAAUGAAGGACCUUCCUGCAACUCUUGCUGUAAAUGAAAAAGAGCUUUGCAAGUACUUUGAGCCUGGGAAUCAUGUGAAGGUUGUGUCUGGUACACAGGAAGGUGCAACUGGUAUGGUUGUUAAGGUCGAGCAGCAUGUGCUCAUAAUAUUAUCUGAUACAACCAAAGAACAUAUCCGUGUAUUUGCUGAUGAUGUCGUGGAGAGCUCCGAGGUAACUUCUGGCGUUACCAGAAUUGGAGAUUAUGAGCUUCAUGAUCUUGUGCUACUGGAUAAUUUGAGUUUUGGUGUAGUUAUUCGAGUAGAAAGUGAAGCAUUUCAGGUUCUCAAGGGAGUUCCUGACAGACCUGAGAUUGCUCUCGUUAAGUUGAGAGAAAUCAAAUGCAAGAUUGACAAGAAAAUCAGUGUGCAAGAUCGGUAUAAGAACACGGUGUCAGCAAAAGACGUUGUGAGGAUCAUUGAGGGUCCGUGCAAGGGGAAACAAGGCCCUGUAGAACAUAUAUACAGAGGAGUCUUGUUCAUCUAUGAUCGCCAUCACCUUGAGCAUGCAGGCUUUAUUUGUGCUAAAGCCCAUUGUUGCAUUAUUGUGGGAGGAUCGCGUGCCAAUGGUGAUAGAAAUGGUGAUUCGUACUCAAGACUUGCCAAUCUUAAAACUCCACCUCGUAUUCCGCAGUCUCCGAAGAGAUUUUCUCGAGGAGGCCCUCCAAUUGACUCUGGUGGAAGGCAUAGAGGUGGAAGGGGGCAUGAUGGCUUAGUUGGUACCACAGUUAAAAUCCGCCUCGGUCCCUACAAAGGUUAUCGUGGACGUGUUAUUGAAGUUAAAGGCGCAACAGUUCGUGUUGAGCUAGAGUCACAGAUGAAGGUUGUUACAGUUGAUCGCAAUUCUAUUUCUGAUAACGUGGUUGUUUCUACCCCAUAUCGUGAUGCGCCUCGGUAUGGUAUUGGGAGUGAGACUCCCAUGCAUCCUUCUCGAACUCCGCUUCAUCCAUAUAUGACGCCUAUGAGAGAUCCCGGAGCAACACCCAUUCAUGAUGGCAUGAGGACACCUAUGCGUGAUCGAGCGUGGAAUCCUUAUACACCAAUGAGUCCACCAAGGGAUAAUUGGGAAGAUGGAAACCCUGGCUCUUGGGGAACCAGCCCACAGUAUCAGGCAGGAAGUCCUCCUUCCCGUGCUUAUGAAGCUCCAACUCCUGGUUCUGGUUGGGCAAAUACUCCCGGUGGCAAUUAUAGUGAAGCUGGAACGCCAAGGGAUAGUAGUUCUGCCUAUGCCAAUGCUCCUAGCCCUUACUUGCCUUCAACUCCCGGUGGACAGCCCAUGACACCAAAUUCUGUUUCCUAUCUUCCUGGCACUCCUGGAGGGCAGCCCAUGACGCCAGGAACUGGUGGUCUGGAUGCUAUGUCUCCUGUUAUAGGUGGGGACAGUGAAGGACCAUAUUUCGUGCCAGACAUAUUGGUUAAUGUGCGCAGGUCUGGAGAGGAAUCUGUUGUCGGAAUUGUUCGGGAGGUGCUUCCGGAUGGUUCCUGUCGGGUAGUUCUUGGGUCAAGUGGGAAUGGUGACACAAUUACAGCCCUUCCUAAUGAGAUGGAGAUCGUGGGACCAAGGAAAAAUGACAAGAUCAAGAUCAUGGCAGGUGUGCUACGUGGUGCCACUGGCAAGUUGAUUGGUGUGGACGGCAGUGAUGGAAUUGUAAAGGUAGAUGACACUCUUGAUGUUAAGAUUUUGGACUUGGUUCUUUUGGCAAAAUUAGCACAACCAUGAUUGACAUGGUAGUGAGGAAAAGAAAAUGUAUUGUCAUUGUUAGUUAUAUGGAAAAAGCUUUAGAGGGACUCAUUAAUCUGAAAA